AUGCGUCCAAAAGGUCUUACAGAUCUAGAAAUAAAACAGAUAAUAAACUUCGAUAGGAAUAAUUCUGAUGAUGAAGAAGAUGACAAAGAAGAAGAAGAGUUAUAUGAUUCGAAUCUGGAGAAAUUCAUUGAAGAAACGAUGGAUAAAACGGUAUUGUUGGAGAAAAUGAGCAUGCUGAUGAAGAAGUUGAAAAUGUUGCGGACACAGAAAACAUCGCCGAGAAAACGAAUUUUAACGAAUAUAUUGACUCAAGUGGAUGAGGGAAAUUCUGUUAUGGCCAUAGACUUACUGCAAGCAGUUCGAAAUCGUAGCAAUGUAUGGAAUGUCUAUGUUAAACCAGAAACAAUUGCCAACUGUUUUAAAAAGGCUGGAUUUUCAAAAGAUGCUAUGCAGAUUCCAUUUGAGCAUUGGGAUGAAGAGGACCUUCUUUCAAUAUCGGAUUUGGCUGCUUUACAGUCGUCAUUUAAAAAAGUAGCAAAUAUCGAAGCAUCGUUUGAUGACUACGUAAAUGUUGAUAAUGGUGUGCAGACUUGGGACAACCCCUCCGAAGAAGAUAUUCUCAACAGCAUUUUUGAAAGUCGCGGAGUUCCAGCUGAACCUGAUACCGAUGAACACGAUUUGACCGUUGAAGAAUUGGCAGAAACUGAGGAGGCAUUACCUACGUUGAUACAAGUUGCUUCAUCCAUUAGCGUAAUUAGAACCUUUGUGGAAAUGAGGAGUGACGUGCCGAUUAAUGCUUUCAACUCUCUACAUGAUUUGGAAGCUUUUAUUGAAAAUGAAAAAUGGAAGACUGUAAUUCAAACCAAACUCACUGAUUAUUUUAAAUAA